AUGGAUUUCUAUGCCACAUGCGUCCUCUGCCUCUCUCUUUCUCUACUCUUCUUCGUGUUUCGGAAGAAGUGCACGACUCCUCGCCUGCCACCUGCCACAAAAGGAUGGCCCGUCCUCGGCAAGACCCUGCAAUUCAUGGCCGACGGAAGGAGCGGCUGUCCUGAGAAAUUCGUGAACGAUCGCGCCGCUAGGUGCUCGCCGGACGUCUUCCGGACCAACUUGUACGGGAAGGACAUGGCCAUGUUCUGUGGCACCUCCGGCAACAAGUUACUGUUCUCCGGCGAGAACAAGUACGUCACUCCCUGGUGGCUUGAGUCCAUGAGGAAGAUCAUCCACUUCCCAGAAACCCUAGGGAACAUCAAUAGCAAGGAUGUCAAGAAGAAGCGCAGCUUCCUGUUGGAGUUCCUGAAGCCCGAAGCCCUUCAACAUUACGUAUCCGUCAUGGACUCCAUGACUGGGGACCACUUGGCCACCGAUUGGUAUCCACAUACGGAAGUGAAGGUCUUUCCUCUAUCAAAGAGAUAUACCUUUGCUUUGGCGUGCUGCUUGUUCAUGAACAUCAAAUAUCUUGAGAAUGUGUUGAAGAUUGGAUUGCGGACCCGUUUGCUCGGGUCGCUCCCGGGUUCACUGCGGUGCCAAUAAAUAUCCCCGGCACACCAUUCAACAGAGCAAUGGAAGGAGGAAAAGUUAUAAGGCAAGAGCUCUUGAACGUAAUU